GCAACAUCGAGAAUUUCAAUCAAUCAAUUUUUUUUCAGUAUGUUUUGUGACCAUGUUACGAUGUUCGCGCGCCGGCUAAAAAGUUGUGAUAAAAUGUGUCUAUAACAAAAUGUAUUCCAGCAAUUGAUGUGUUAUUCGAAUUAUUACAAUGGGAUCUGCGUACGACGAGACUGUGUUUGAUUUUGAUUUGAACUUUCUAAACCCUACUACUACUACUACCACCACAGCUAACACGGUUCAAGAAUUGCAGGCAAAGAAUGAAAAAUUGAGAAGAUCAGUUAUUUUCUUGAAAAAGAAAAUCCUAUUUUCAAAUUCUGCUGUGACAAGGUAUAAAAAUGCAAGAAGUUAUGCUAAUGUAUUGGAAAACAACCAAGUAUUUAACAAGGAAGGUUGUAAACAGCAUCUAAUUGAAAUCAGAAACUUCAUUGAAAAAGUCACCAAAUUAGAAAAUGAAAAUCAAGCUGCAGAAAAUAGAGAAAGAGAAAAGGAUGAAACCAUUUCUGAAUUACAAAACAAAAUAUGUGCUUUGCAAUCCCUGGAAACACAGCUUAAGCUGCUACUUAAAGAGAAGAAUAAAACUGAAUCAACUGUUAAGGUUGAGAAGAAAGUUAUUGUUAGAGACAGUGGAAAAAAUAGUUUAUUAGAAAAAGAAAAUGAAAUACUUCGUAAAGAAAAUGCAAAGAUUCCUAAGUUGGAGAAGGAAAUAGAAAAUCUUCGCAAAGGACAAACUGGAGUAGCAACAUCAGAAAAUAAUUGUGAUAGCCUUCUCAAAGAUAGAACCACGAUAAUUAAUUUGGAGAAAGAAAUUGAAACCCUUAGGCAGGAAAAUUCUAAUAUUUCAAGGUUGCAAAAACAAAUUGAAAUCCUUUCCAAAGAAAAUGCUAAACUGUCGAAAUUAGAAAAAGAACUCCAAACCCUACGUAAAGAAGAUACUAAGAUGACAAGGUUGGAGAAAGAAAAUGAAUCUCUGAGAAAAGAUAACGCGAGGGUACUAGCCUUGGAAAAAGAAAUUGAAACCCUUCGCAUCAAGAAUGCUAAAAUAGGAUUUUUGGAGAGAGUGAACAAAACACUACGCGAAGAAAAUGCCAGAAUUCAAAACAACAAUAAAGAAGGUCUACUAACCAAUCUUACUUCAAUAGAAGAAAAGGAAAAAUCUAAGAAGAGUAACUCGGGAAGAACUAGGUCAGUAUCUAAUAGAAACAGCGAUUGGAGCGACCACAGCGGCGCUGAAAAUGACAUAUUUGAGGACGCUCCGAUGUCGCCACAACCAAGUGACAAAAUCGUUGCCAAGAAUCCCUUACCAGCCGAUAAAAAUAUAGUGCGCCGCGAAUCUGAAAACGAUAACAGCAACGAAGUCGUUAGUGUUGAUACUGGCCGGGGAUCCUCGCUGGCUUACUCUGAUAAUGAAAAAGGCUUCCAUAGUCCAGGAUAUUUUUCAAAUGAUAGUCCCUUAAAUGGAGAAAGUAUUGACAAUAAAGCAAAUAACAACAAUACACCUCAAAGGAUAGUUCAAAUUAUUGUACAGGAUGAGAAUAAUGAUAUGAGCAAUUCUGACAAAACAACUACUAGACCAGGAGAGACAAACACAGAGCUUCUAAACCAAAUUAGUAUGGUUGAAGGAACCCGUAAUAAGACCUGUGUGAUCCAAGAAGAAUCCAUUAAUUUACAAAAUUCGAAUAACAUGACCCCUAAAAAGCAUACACAGGGUGUUCUUGAAAAAGAAAGUUUAGAUUUACACAAUAGCAUGCAACAAGAAGCGCGAAUUGACGCCGAAGUAGAAAAUAUAUUUAGUACUAUGAAACUGAACUAUCAUGCUGUAUCUCCAAUACCAAGAACACCCAUAAGGGUCAGAGGCAAUGAUUCCACCAAGAAAUCUAGUGAACCCAGUGAACAGAUCAUGAGAUGUAUGUAUUUGAGUAAUAAAACUGAUCAUCUUUUGACAAAACUAAAGGGAUACCUACAUAAAUGUACUGCAGAAUAUUUUUGUAAAUUUAAUCCAAAUCUAUCUCACCAAAAUUCAAAGUUUUUGAACAGAAAGGUCAAAGGUGGUAGAGACUUCAGCGCUGUACAUAAUAUUGAUAAGUUAAUUCAGUGCUUUGAAGCAAUCUUAAAAACAAAACAAAUUCUAACUGAAGACUGUAAUAAAUCCUACUUGGAUGUGUCAGAUAGAGUAUGUGAGAACUUAUUGAUAAGAAAUGUAACAGGUCUUGGAACAGAUAGUUUCCAUAACAAGCAAGGGGAAGCUAGAUCCAUUAGACAGACAAUAUCUCCUCCGAUCUGUUCUCCUCUGCCUGUGCUACGAGAUGUUCAACGAAAAGAACUUGUUCAGAACGACAAUACAUUAGUUUCGGCACAUGCAACAUUACCAGAGAUUAACAAAGAUGUUCUCCAAGAUAAACAAAAGAAAGCUAGAUUAGCUUCAAUUAACCCUCCCAUGUCACCAGAAUCAAAUCAAAACCACAAUGAUGCUAUGCAGGAGGACCAAUCAGACACACAAUUAUUGCCUCCAGUUAUAAUUGUCUCAUCGGAACCAGUGCAAAAUCAAGACAGAAGCACAUUGUUUUCAAAUGAUGUAUCAAUGUCGUCAGACCCUAAGAAAGGUUGCCAAGAUGCUUCACAGGAUAACCAAAAGGAAACCAGGCUAUCUUUUGAUAUUAUUCCUGUUUCACCAGCAGCAUUGGAAAAGCCAAAUAAUGUGAAGCAAGGCAAUCAGAGGAGAACCAGAUUAUUUUCCAAUGAUUCACCCACAUCACCAAACACAGUGCAAAACAACCAAGAUGCUUUGCAGGAUAACCAAAGAGAAGUCAGGUUAUCUUCCGAUAAUAUACCCGGCUCCCCAGAACCAGUGCAAAAACAAAAUAAUGUAAGGCAAGGUAAUCAGAGGAGAACCAGAUUAUUUUCCAAUGAUUCACCCAUGUCACCAGACACAAUGCAAAACAACCAAGAUGCUUUGCAGGAUAACCAAAGAGAAGUCAGGUUAUCUUCUGAUAAUAUACCCGGUUCCCCAGAAUCAGUGCAUAAACAAAAUAAUGUAAGUCAAGGUAAUCAGAGGAGAACCAGAUUAUUUUCCAGUGAUUCACCCACAUCACCAGACACAAUGCAAAAAAGCCAAGAUGCUUUACAAGAUAACCAAAAGGCAGUCAGGUUAUCUUCUGAUACAACACCUGUUUCCCCAGAAUCAGUGCAUAAACAAAAUAAGGAAAAGAAAAGUAAUCAGAGGAGAGCCAGAUUAUUUUCCAAUGGUUCACCCAUGUCACCAGACACAAUGCAAAAGAACCAAGAUGCUUUGCAGGAUAAACAAAAGGAAGUCAGGUUAUCUACUGAUACCACGCCUGUUUCACCAGCAUCUGUGGAAAACCAAAAUAAUGAAAUGCAAAGAAAUAUCAGGAGAACCAGAUUAUUUUCAGAUGAUACACCCAUGUCACCAGACACACAUGAUAACCAAAAAGAGGUCAAGUUACCUUCUGAUAAUAUACCUGUUUCCCCAGAAUCAGUGCAUAAACAAAAUAAGGAAAAGCAAAGUAAUAAGAGGAGAACCAGAUUAUUUUCCAAUGAUUCAUCUAUGUCACCAGACACAAUGCAAAAUAGCCAAGACCCUUUGCACAAUAACCCGAAGAAAGAUACUACACCUGUUUCACCAAGACCUGUACAAGACCAAAAUAAUACUUUGCAAAGUAACAGAAGGAGAACCAGAUUAUUUUCAAAUGAUUUGUCAAUGUCACCAGACACCAAGCAAAACAAUCAAGACACUUCGCAAGAUAACCCGAAGAAAGAUAAUACACCUGUUUCACCAAGACCAGUACAAGACCAAAAUAAUACUCUGCGAGGAAAACAAAGGAGAACCAGACUAUUUUCAAAUGAUUCGUCAAUUUCACCAGACACUAAGCAAAACAACCAAGACACUUCGCAAGAUAAACAAAAGAAAGACAUUACACCUGUUUCACCAAGACCAGUACAAGACCAAAAUAAUACUUUGCAAAGUAACAAAAGGAGAACCAGACUAUUUUCAAAUGAUUUGUCAAUGUCACCAGACACCAAGCAAAACAACCAAGACACUUUGCAAGAUAAACAAAAGAAAGAUACUACGCCUGUUUCACCAAGACCAGUACAAGAACAAAAUAAUACUUUGCAAAGUAACAAAAGGAGAACCAGACUAUUUUCAAAUGAUUUGUCAAUGUCACCAGACACAAUGCAAAAUAGCCAAGACACUUUGCAAGAUAAACAAAAGAAAGACAUUACACCUGUUUCACCAAGACCAGUACAAGACCAAAAUAAUACUUUGCAAGGUAACAGAAGGAGAACCAGACUAUUUUCCAAUGAUUCAUCUAUGUCACCAGACACAAUGCAAAAUAGCCAAGACACUUUGCAAGAUAAUCCGAAGAAAGAUACUACACCUGUUUCACCAAGACUAGUGGAAGACCAAAAUAAUACUUUGCGAGGAAAACAAAGGAGAACCAGACUAUUUUCAAAUGAUUCAUCACCAGAACCCAAACUGAACUGCCAAAAUGGUUUGCAAGAUAGUCAAAAGAAAGUUAGGUUAUCUUCCGAUACUUUACAUAUUUCACCAGAACCAAAGCAAAAACACGAAGUUUUGCAAGAUAAACAAGGAUUACUGUCAAUAACUAUACCGAUGUCACCAGACUCAAUCCAAAACAAAAGGAAAACCAGGUUAUCUUCUGCUACUUCACCAGUAUCAACAGCAUCAACACAAAACCCCAGCAAUAUUGUGCCAGUCAACCAAAGAAAAACAAGAUUAUCGUCAAUUACUUCACCCACAUCACCAAGACCAACCAACUCAGAAGAUUUGCUAAAUAACCAAAGAAGGACCAGACUAUCGUCAAAUUCUGCACCUUUGUCACCACCAAUCGAAAGUCGCAAAGACGAUUUGCAAAAUAAUCAACGAAAAGCCAGAUUAUCUUCAGUCACUUCACCCAAGUCACCAGCACCGAUACAAACCCUUAACCAUGCUGUUUCUGAGGAAUCAAUUACAGACGAUGAACCUAUAAUAAAUUUAGGUAAUGCUUAUCGUUCACAAGAUAGCGUAGAGAUGAACGAAUUGUCCAUGAAAGAUAGCACAGUAAAAAAAGCUAAAACCAAAAAGAUAACUAAAUUAGAUAAGCUCAGAAAGAAUCUUGCGCCAAAAUAUAAAAUUAGAAGAGAAACAUCUCCAGUAAAAUCUCUUAUUAAACCCAAACACCUAACCCCUAUCAAGAAGCAAGUGUCCGCGAAUGUAACAUCCGCAUCUCUAAAUGACAAAGAUGUCUAUGAAAAAGCUGUGAAAAUAAUGGCAGAAUUAAAUUCCCAAAAGCUUAGCAAAGCCAUGAAAUCGCCGACCAGAUGUACUAAAGAACCAAUGUCUCCCAAACCUAAGAAUAACAUGGAUAUACAAAUUGACAGUUGUAAUGAAAAUAAGACAUCUCAAAAUAGUUUGGUUACAACUAGAAACAAACGAAAGCUUUCUGAAGUAACAGAUCAGUGCAGCGUGGUUUUAACAAAAGACCCAUUAUUAUUAAUUAUGGCUUGCGAAGCUAAAACGUCUCCGACAAAAACAAAAGAUGAUAACGAAACAUCCGACGACACAACUUCAAGGAAAAGACGCAGACUCUCCUCAAAUGAUUCUGUAGUAAAGUGUAAGAGGAUUUUGCGAAGUUCUGCUGUACAAUUAAGAUCAAGUACAGAGGAUAAUGUUGAAAUAUCUAAUACAAAUGACGAAAGAACUAAGGGAACAAGUACAGACCCAACUACCGAGAAAAUAAAAACUACUUCGACUACCUGUGAACCUAAGCCACUGGUGGCUGAUACCCAAAAAGACGAGAAUAUGAAGAAAUCUGAUGAUCAUCAUCAACUUAACACCUAUGACGAUCUUGAUCUAUUUGCUGAAGAUAUACAAGUUGAAACACCAUCAGUUUCAGUAAAGGAAAUAGAUUCUAAUCCAUCAACAGCUUGUCAACCAAAAGACAGCAUCUUGUGUUGUAUGUUAGAAAAAUAUGGCACAGCUAGUGUGAAGCCUUUUGCUAAGAAAAUACCAGAUUCAAAAGUCAAAUUAAUUUGUGAAAAAAUCGAACAAGAAGUAGCCACAAUAUCAGAACUACCAUUGAACGACACGAAAAAUGCAAUGAACACAUUUGUGGCAGAUUUGCGAAAGCUUAACUACAAGGUCUUCAUAUCUGGCCUAAUCAAGUAUUUGACGAAGCCAGAAAGAAAACUGGAAUUGUUUGCAAAACAGUCUUCUCCAGCUGCUCCAGCAAUGACUAAAGCUGAACAAAUUUUGCUGUAUGUCAUAACACAUCUCAAAACACACUGGCCGACCGUAGACAUUGUCGACGCUGUGCUAUCCAGCAUAGAGUAUGCACUGUUCAAAUUAAACAGAACACCAGAAUUUGAAGUCAUUGAAAGUACAUCCCAUUUCUAUGCGCUCCUUUGUAGAUAUUUCGGAGCGAAAAGUCGAUUGAGACUUUUUAUUUUAGAUGCCAUGUAUUGUAUUCAAUUUAAAUCUGUACCCUUAAUUAAACAAUGUCUGGAAGUUUGGAUGCAUAUAAUUCCAUUGGCACAUAUGGGAAUUGCUAAAAAUCCAUUGGUGACGUGUUUAGUGUACCUUCUCCAUUUCUAUAAAUGCGAUGACAAAUUCAACCGCGUGCAAGAAAUAAGAAAUAUAUUAAGUCGGCGAUAUUUCUAUCAAAUCACCGAUUGGAAUGAAACUAAAAUCUUAGAAAUGUUUAAAAACUCCAUCAAGGAUCUAAAAGACAUUCCCAUUGAAAACAAAAUGCUAAGACUGGCUUUGAUUAUUCUGGCCAAGAGGCACGGUCCACGAUGGUGUCAAAAUAAUAUUAUCAAGAAUCUUCUCCAACCAAUGAUAGAGAAGGAGAAUGUGCCAAAUUCUGUGAAGGUGUUCUGUGUUUCUAUGAUUGGACCCCUGAUGAAGCCUUACCCGGUUGAUAUGAAAGUGCAUUGUGAAAUAGCCAUAAAUCAACUUAUAGAUAUUCUCAAUAAUAACCCAUCUCCACAAAUGGAAGAAGCAGCCAUCAUGAGCAUGAUGUUCAUCAACAGACAUGAUCAAUAUAGUACGAACCAAAUUCUUCUAACACGUAAAAUGAAACCUAUGUCAGCAGAAUUAGAGAAAACUCUACGCGAUUACGUAAAAAGGAAACCAUUGCAAGUUUGGAAGAAAACUUUGUCAAAAAUAGCACGAUAAGUUAAAAGUAGGAUUAAAUUGUAUCAUACUUAGUUUUCGGGGAUUUUAGUGCAGCAGAACAUUUUAUAAAAAUGGCUGAUAAGUGAUAACGUUCUUUGUAAAUAAUUAUGUAAGUGUUUCUCCACCUCAUAAGUGAUGGUUAAUUUUGUGAUUUAAGUAAGUCAUUUUUUAUUGGAGGUAAAAAUAUGGCCAAGAAUUGAUUUCGAGGCAGUUAUUUCUACCUAAUUGAAGUACCUUUUAUAUUUAAAUCUCAUCACUUUGUAAUAUUCCAUUAAUUUCAUGUCAUUGUGUGUUAUAGUUUAAAGUACGUAGAUGAUAGCAUUCGAUCUCAAAUUAUACAUUGUAUUAAAUUUGUAUCUUGGGGGCUGCAUUUUAUUGAGCAGUAUUGUAGCAAGGCGUUACUCAGUGAGUGGUUUUGUAAUGCUGUCAUCUGUUCUAAGUCAAUAUGUAUCCUUCAAGUUUUCCUAGUUAGGCAAAUUUCAAUUUACUGCUCAAAGCAGUUGUAGUGAAAUUACGAUAUCCACCUAGUUAAUACUUACCUCGCCAUGUGGCUCGCGAUGUUAUAAAAUUUUAAAAGUAAGACCAUGGCUUCAGGGUAACUAACUUUUCGCAUUAAGUAAAAGUAUUUUGAUUGUAAAUAUAUAUCGUAAGAAUAAAAAUUCGAAAUAAGUGAUAUGUAUAACCACUUGAAUCCUUAAUAUACUAAAUAAACAGUGUUUAAUGCA